CUAAAGCCUGAAGUCGUCACCCUCCUCAGCCUCAAAAACCCAUUGGAGUCCCAUGAAGGCAAAAGCCCGAAGUCAUGGCCAUUCAUUUAUCAAUUCCUUAAUUUGAACCUGUCCACCAAAGAUUUCGGAGAAACCCAUGACCUGACUUAACAGACUGUGUAACUGUGUUACAUAAGAUCCUAAAACAUAACUCCACUCCCAGUCACCGAUCGCGUGGCAGACCGCAAGUACCCAACGGACCCAGGAUCAGAUACCCAUCCCUGCAUACAUAGCACUGAAUUUUGCCGAUCCUCCUUAUCCUCGUUUUGCAGCUCCUCCACGGGUCACGACAAUUAUAUUGUCCAAAGAGAGCGAGCGUCAAGUUGUCAAGUGCGUGGAGGGUGAAAUGUCCGCCCGAAAUGAGGCGAGCCUCGGAAAUGUAUUACAGUUCGUCCAUCCUACUACUACUACAUUCAUGGGAGGGCCAUGUCUCAAUGUUACUAACCAAGGGGAACCAAUUGGAAGUGUACUGAUUAGAGUAGACCACGAAUCCGAGACUUGAUCGCCUCAUCUCCCCGGAAAGCUUGUGAACCUUACAAUGGGAGUCGACGAUAAGGGCUCCAAGGUUCGUUUUGAGGAUCUCCUGUCCAUGGUUGGGGAUAGUGGGCGAUGGCAGAUCACCAUUUUCCUCUUCACGUGGAUUGAAGGCAUCCUCAUUGGAUGCCAUCAUCUGUCCUCUUCAUUUCUGGGCGCCUCCAUGGACCAUUGGUGCAACACCUCCUACAUGGAUCCCCUUCAGGGCAAAUCUUGGACCGUGGAACAGAAAAAAGACUUUGCUAUUCCAAAAGAUGGAGACACCUAUGAUUCUUGCCACAUGUACGAUCUCUCCCAAAUGGGAAACCGCGUCUCCAACGAUUUUUCCGUGGCUCUUCAACAGAGGAAAGACUUAAACCUGGAUAUUGUAUCUUGUGAGCAACCAGGAAUCCCGGAGGCUCAGAGUUGGGAGUACGACCAAACCGAGAAGAUCACAUCCAUUGUCAAUGAUUGGUAUUUGGUAUGCGAGAGAUUGCCGCUCCUGUCCACCGUUCAAGGAAGUUACAUGUUUGGCGUUUUCGUCGGAUGCAUUGUCUUUGGAUGGGCUUCCGAUCGGUAUGGACGUCGAAAGACUAUGUUGGUGGCCUCCGUGAUCCAAGCCAUUUCUAGUGUGGCCGCAGCUUUCACUACCAACUACAUGCAGUUCGUCUUUUUGCGGUUUUGCAUUGCCUUCUCGGUGUCGGGCGUGUUUGAAUGCGGCUUCGUUUUGGUCACUGAGAUUUGUGGUGCCAAAUUCAGGACAUAUUUUGGCAUCUUGACCCAAUUCCCAUUUGGCAUCGGGGCAUCACUCUUGCCUAUCGUGGCCUACUUUAUCCGGGAAUGGACCACAUUGCAACUCACCAUCUCUUUGCCUUGCGUUCUUUUGGCUACCUAUUACUGGUUUGUGCCAGAAAGUCCCAGAUGGCUGAUACAAGCAGGAGACUUCAAGGAAGCUCUUAGGAUCCUCAAAGAAGGAGCUAAAACCAAUGGGAACACGCUGCCACCGGACGACGAGAUCCUAGAGAUGAUGGAGAACCUCAAGACCCAAGAAGACGAAAUCAAGCAUGAAGUGGAGGAAAAGACAACUAAAGAGAAGCUCUAUGAGGUGUUCAAAGAGCUCAUCAUUUUGGUGGAGACGCCGGAGAUGCGAAAGAGAACACUGAACAUCUUCUAUUCAUGGUUGGUGGUGGCCAUGGUCUAUUACGGGCUGUCCUUCAACUCCAAGAACUUGGGUGCCAAUCGAUAUGUCUCGGUCUUUAUAUCCGGUUUUGUGGAGGUUCCAGCUGUGGUGGUGAUUUUGCCGUUGCUUAGCACUUUGGGCCGAAUGAAGUGUUAUUGCGGUACCUUUAUUGGAGGCGGCAUUGCUUGUGGUCUUGUGGCUAUCAUAACAUUGGCCUUUGAUGCUUCAUCUAUGAUCUGGUUACCCGUGACCAUUGCCAUGAUUGGCAAGUUCCUCAUUUCCAUGACCUUUGCCAUCGCUUACCUCUACACCGCCGAGUUGUUCCCCACUCCAGUAAGGAAUGUUGCAGUGGGAACAGCAUCCACAUUUGCACGGAUAGGAUCCAUGGCUGCCCCAUAUAUCGUGGAUCUUUUGGGAGCAGUCCACCCUGCUAUACCAGUUAUCAUCUUUGGGUUGUUCUCAUGCACGGCAGGAGUUUUCGCCCUUACGUUGCCCGAGACUUUGAACAAGAGAAUGCCAGAGUCCGUGGCAGAUGUUGAGAAGUCGGCUAAAGGGUACCAGGAGGAAGAAAUGAAUGCUGUUGGUGGACCAUCUCCAGACAAUGCAGAGUCAAAGACAGAAGCAUAACCAGUUGUUCUCCUGCAGCACCAAAAUUCAUCUCUCCUUCAAGACUGAAUUAGCCUCUUAAGAUCCACUUUAAUCCUGCAAAUGCUCUCUUUCUCUCGCAUCAUAACUUUUAUCAUAACUCAACACAUCUCCCCGAACUUAAGGUUUUGUCCCCCCAAAGCCUUAUGUUAGGUUUAAGGCCGUUGCUCAACCACUCACCCCCCUGACCUGGCUUUGUCUGGGCCUAGUGUCCCUUCUUAUAACUCGGAUUGAAGCUUUGAAACCACCCAACACCCCACGUCUUUUUGCGGAACAGGUUUCCCAACGACGUUGUGAACUUGUUUCGGGUUGUUGUUGGCUUUGAAGGCGUGCCUUUUCAUCGCGGAAUCACGGAACCUCUCUCUAUAUCUCCAGAUUUGUUCACAUGACUCUGGAUGGUGAAUCCGUUUGGAUUUGAGCCAAGAACAUCUGCAUUCCCGGGAAACACUGCCACAAAUUGGCGCCAAUUACAAAGGACGACAGUGGUGUGGCUUUCUACAAAGAGUUUUAGCACAAAAGCCCACAAAAGUGCCGUGGUCGACCUCUCUGAAGUUACAGCAACUGUACAUAGUGCUUUCAUCAUUCUUCUAGCUAGCGUUUAAGGUUGUAUCAUUAUGUUCAGUAUCUUUAAGCACCGAAAUUUACAUGUAUGAUCUUGUCGAAAUCUCCAUUACAAACCCUCGAAUAGUAUACAAAUCCAAAACUUAGGCCUCUCCACCCGCUACGUUUGAUAAUAAGUAAGAGCCUCUCCCCUUGACCACAAUUUAGAAGAAAAAAAACAACAAACAGAAUUGUGCUUGCGGAUUGAGGCAUUCUCAUGACUUUAUUUUAAGGUUUAAUUUUCAUAUAAAGCGCAUGUCUCUACACCAGCAUUCAUUUUAUUUUAUGAUCUUGUUUCGUAAAUUAAUAUUUGUUUUAUUUCAUUCCAAAGCAUGACCCCCUCCAUGCAAACAUGAAGCCUUUUGCUGUGGAUUUCAAAAAUCCGAAUCAUUUUCUUUUACUUGAGUGAAUAUAUGUGUUUUGUUUCUUUACUUAAAUGUUGCUUAUAUUUGAUAACAUUGCGAGCACCGAAUAUUACUUCAAAUCCAGAUGUUGACAAUUUACCAAAUAUCCUAGUCUUGUGUUGUACAUACUAUCAUCCUCAUAAAAAAAAACACGAAUAAAAGUGAACAAAUACGUAA